AACCAAUUAGUCGACAACUGACUACAAUGUCUCGUCGCGACCUCUGCUAGCACUGACGGGUCUCCUUUUACAUCUUCACCACCUUCGCUCGCCCUAUAACCCCCCCUCGCACCCAACGUGAACGGCCUGUCCCGCCGCCUCCUGCUCGUCUGUCGCUUCUUUUACCCUUGCACAUUUCACGAUGGCCAGCCUCGCAGGGGAUCACAACACGGCCCCAAACGGCACCGAGUCCAUAUCCGAGUCCUCCCAGUCCUACGGCAAGUCCGCCUCGAGAAACGGCCCCCCAGAGACGAUCAAGGUCGACGGCAAUAAGACUCUGACUCUGACCUCGGAGAAUCUCCUUCUGAAUGACCCAACAGCGAACAAAGCCAACCGGACUUGCGGUUUUGCUGGGUUUGGCGCAUCAGCACCCGCGACGCAAACCGUUCCAUUAUACAAUGUCCUCUGGGCCGAACAGACGGAAGAGACCCUCACGAUCGACUACGCGAAACAGGCCGGCAAGCAACGAGUACAGGCCGCGAAAUGGACUUUCACCGUCAACGACGCGGACGGCCCGGAUGUCAAGUCCUGGAUCGAUACCCUCAAGAGAAAGGCAUACGGGCCGGCGAAAUUGUGCAAGAGAGCCAAGGUCUUGGUUAACCCGCACGCCGGACCGGGAGGCGCGGAAAAGAAGUGGCGCGUUGACGUCGAGCCUCUGUUCAAAGCGGCGCGCAUGCCCAUGGAUGUGGAGCUCACCACCUACUCAGGCCAGGCUCUCAAGAUAUCGCGGGAAGUCGACGUGGACGCGUUCGACACAAUCGUCACCUGCUCAGGCGACGGUCUGGCCCACGAGGCAUUCAAUGGUCUGGGUCAGCGGCCUGAUGCGUCGCAAGCACUGCACAAAAUUGCUGUCUCACACAUCCCCUGCGGCUCGGGCAAUGCGAUGAGCUGCAAUCUCUACGACUCGUAUCGACCCUCAAUCUGCGCCCUCGCCAUCAUCAAGGGAGUCGAGACCCCAAUGGACCUAGUCAGCAUCACACAGGGCGACCGACGCACCCUCAGUUUCUUGAGCCAGGCUCUUGGUGUUGUGGCCGAAAGCGACUUGGCUACCGAGCACUUGCGGUGGAUGGGCGGCGCGCGCUUCACCUGGGGCUUCCUGGUCAGGAUGUUUGAGAAGAAGUGCUACCCGUGCGACUUGGCUGUAAAGGUCGAGAUCGAGGAUAAGGCGGGCGUCAAGAAACACUACAAGGAGUACACGCGGAGCGCGUCGGUAACGCAUACAGGUGCUAGCGAGCCUCCGAGAGCGGAGAAUGCCGAUGCUGUCUCGAGCCCAUUCGGUGACCAAGAGGGACUGCCGCCUUUGAGAUUCGGCACCAUCAACGACGAUCUUCCGGAUGGGUGGGAGCUGAUACCCCAUGAUAAGAUGGGCAACUUUUACUGCGGAAACAUGGCAUACAUGGCCCCAGACGCCAACUUCUUCGCCGCUGCUCUCGCUAACGACGGUCUGAUGGACCUUGUCUGUGUCGACGGGGACGUCUCAGUCGGCGCGAACCUGAGCAUGCUCAUGUCCGUGGAGAAUGGAAACUUCUUUGACAACUCGUUGGUGUCGUACCGCAAGAUCUCCGCCUACAGGAUCAUUCCAAAGAACCAAAAAGACGGCUACAUCAGCAUCGAUGGUGAAAAGGUGCCGUUUGAGCCUUUCCAGGCCGAGAUCCACCACGGUCUUGGCAGGGUCAUUUCGAAGCGCGGCAAGUACGAGGCGCCCGGUCCGAUGGGCUGGGAGAAGAUGUCUCUUCCGUAAGGGAUUGUAGUAGCGUACAAAGGAGAGAUUCGAAAUAGGGUAUGGUGAGAGUGUCACUAGAUCGGGACAGCACCAGCCGGGAGUGAGGCCAGAGACAGACAGGCAGAACAUGCCUUGGCAGUUUCUUGUCUAUACAGCGAAAGAAGCGGGAGCGGGAGCGGGAGCACUGAUUUGUUUCUUCAAAAGUCGAGAUACCCAGAUAGACCAAGACGGGAAGAGCACAGCCGUCGUCAGGCCGGGCUGAA